AUGCCGGCUCCCGUGCAGCCCAGAAUGCAGCCAGGAGGAUGCAACGGGACGGAGGGAGCCUCCACGCCCCCUUUGUCUCCACGUUCCCCAAAUGACAGGGGACGAAAGUUUAUGAGCAGCGACGGUGUCGCUUUCCACUGGGUCAAUCUGACACCUCGCAGGAGGCGACCCUUUCUGGGAUCGCCCUCUCCCCCUGCACCGCCCCAGAGCUGCCUUCAUCUGCACCUUGAUGCCCGCAAGCCGGGCUUGGGCCACCUGCGCCGCUGUGUCCGGCAGGAACCUGAUCUGCCCCCAUGGACGUCCAGAAGCGGCCCCGCGGCUGCGGGCGCCCCACUCACCUCUCCCGGCAGAGUCUCCUCCCUUGUGCCCUACUGGGCCGUCCGGCUCCGGCUCCCGCGAGCGAGGCACAUUCAGGCAGCUGGAGACACGCUGCUCCCCGGGCUCUGCUGCAUUCCGCCUGCGUGGGAGAUCCAACCAGCGAGCGCGCGGCGCGGGCGUGUACGAGUGUGUUUGUGCGAGUGUGUGUGUGAGCGAGAGUGCGUGUGCGCGCGCGCGGGGUGGGGGGUGGUUGGUGGGGGAGCGCGGGAUCACCGAUCCCCCUCGGCGGCGCCCAUCCCACGCUCUGCCUACUCCUCCGCCUCCUCGUUGAGCUGCGGCUUGCACCGGGUCCAGGUUUCAGGAUCUCCUGUUUGUUUAAUGAAAGGCAGAAGCAAAAGGCUGGCCAGGGAGGGGGCGCGCCGGGCUGCGCAUGCUCAGAGGGGGACCCUGAGCACUCACUCCCCGGGGCAGCCAGAGCGCGAAGAGCGAGCUGGCGGCCGGCGGAGGCGAGCUCGCCUGCGUCUCCGGAGCCGCCGGGGGCUCGGCGGGGUUCCCAGAAGGCGACUGGGAAACCCAACCGCAAAGAUGCGCCCUGCGUGGGGACUCCCUGGAGCACGCCGUGCGGGAAGCCGGCGGCGGGAUCCCGACCCGCCCUAG